AUGGCGGACGCCCGCGACAUCCUUGGGGUGGAGCGCGGCGGCGCCACGCCCGCAGAGCGCAAGCCGGAGAAGAAAGAACGGAUGAAGCGGCCCGAGGGCAUGAGCCGUGAGGCGUUUGCGCUCCUCAGCGGCUCCAACCCCUUGAUUACGACGCAGCUGAUGGAGGGCCUGAAGAAAAGCAAGAAGGACAAGCCCAACCGGCCGACCGGCAAGGGCACAGUCGUCUGGCGAGCGCAGCCCUUCACCAACCAGGCACGCUCAGACGGCCUGCAGCUCGUGCACUGGGCCAAAGGCUUCAAGGACGCCAGCGGUCGCGUUCGCGACGCGCACGAGGGGGACUAUCCCUUUGCCAAGUACAACAAAAAGGUGGAUGGCGAUUGGAGGGGCGGUCCGAAGUGCCCCGUGUUCCGGUAUGACGAGGAGGAGUGGAGCUCACUCAUAGCAGACGCGGCCAGCAGUUGGAGCCGGGCCGAGACCGAUUACCUCCUGGCCAUGGUGGAGCAGUUUGACCAGCGGUUCAUUGUCAUUGCCGACAGAUGGGACUUUCCCGGGGGCCAGCCGCGCAGCCUUGAGGACCUCAAGGAGCGCUACUACUCAAUAGCCAGGAAGCUGCUGGUGGCGCGCGAGGGCACGGACGCGCUGCUGGCCAACCACCCGCUGGUCAAGCACCCCUACAACGCGGGGCAGGACAGGCAGCGCAAGGCCGCGCUGAUGUCACUGCUGGACCGCGACACCAGCCAGGAGGAGAAGGACAAUGCGGUGCUGGAGCAGGCGCGACAGAUCGAGGAGCGGCGGCGCGCCGAGCAGGCAGCCGCGCAGGCUGCCGCCGCAGCCGCGGCCCAGGCGCGCCGCGCGGCCGCGACGCCCGGCGUGGCCAACGCGGCGCGCGGCGGCAGCGCGGGCCCUGCUGCGGGCGUCAGCAAUCCCUCGGUCUUUGACGCCUCGUACCUCACUUACCCGGCCUCGUUCGACAACCACACCCAGCCCGGCAUGCCGUCGCUACUCUCGCCGACGCUGGAGCCGCUGCGGCCGGAGCGCCCGGCCGUGUACGCGCGCGGCCUGCACACGCGCGCCACGGUGGAGCAGCAGCCAGUGGCGAUCCUGGGGCCGCAAGCACCGCGGCUGGCCAAGGCGGUGGAGGCGGCGUUUGCGGAACUGUCCAUCCCGCUGCAGCCGCGGUACAGCAGCCGCAGCGUCUGCGGCGCUUACUUGGCGCUGCGCGGGGAGGUGCUGCACCUGGUGGAGCUGCGGCGGCUGCAGGCGGCGCGCCAGGCGGCGCAGCGGGGCAACGACGCGAAGCGCAAGGGGCCUGGGGAGGGGCAGGCCGCGGCGAAGCGGCAGAAGGUGGCGGGGAAGAGGUGA